AGUGAUUAUUUAUAAUAUUAAUAUUUUCAUUAUGUUUCGACCGACAAGAAGCUUAAUGAUAACGUUACGGCAAGUCAAAGAUUGCCGCUCUUUGCACAGGUUUAGUCAACAAUUUUCAGAGAUCGCGGAAUAUGAAUCUCCUAUCACCGAUGAAUAUAAGAGAGGGCCCUUGGAAGGUAGAUCGCUUUAUUUAGAUGCUCAAGCUACAACACCCAUGGACCCAAGGGUAUUGGAUAAGAUGAUGUUAUAUUUUACUUCGUAUUAUGGAAAUCCGCAUUCCAGAACCCACAUGUAUGGAUGGGAAACGGAAGCUGCGAUAGAACAUGCUCGUAAACAAGUGGCAGAUCUGAUAGGUGCCGAUAAAAAAGAAAUCAUUUUUACUUCGGGUGCAACAGAAUGCAAUAAUAUCGCCGUGAAGGGUGUAGCAAGGUUUUAUAAAUCAAGAAAGAAUCAUGUUGUAACGACCCAAACUGAGCACAAAUGUGUAUUAGAUUCGUGUAGAGCCUUGGAGGCAGAAGGGUUCGACGUGACGUAUCUACCAGUUAAAUCGAACGGACUUAUCGAUAUCGAUCAAUUAGAAGCUACUAUUACGCCAGCUACAUCGCUCGUUUCUAUAAUGACGGUUAAUAAUGAAAUUGGCGUUAGACAACCUGUCGAACAGAUUGGUGCUAUUUGCAGAAAGAAAAAGGUUUUUUUUCAUACCGAUGCAGCUCAAGCUGUUGGAAAGAUACCGCUGGACGUUAAUGCAAUGAACAUUGAUCUUAUGUCUAUUAGUGGACAUAAAAUAUAUGGACCCAAAGGUAUUGGAGCACUGUAUGUAAGACGAAGACCACGUGUUCGUAUUGAAGCGUUACAAAGCGGAGGUGGGCAGGAACGAGGUAUGAGAAGCGGAACCGUUCCAGCUCCUUUGGCUGUUGGGCUUGGUGUUGCUUGUGAAUUGGCACAAUCAGAAAUGGAGUAUGAUCAUAAAUAUAUCACGAAUCUUUCAAAUGUCUUGAUCGAAAAAAUUAUGUCUAAUUUACCGCAAGUUAUACGCAAUGGGGACUCAGUUGCUUGGUAUCCUGGAUGCGUUAAUUUAUCAUUUGCAUGUGUAGAAGGAGAAUCAUUACUAAUGGCAUUGAAAGAGAUAGCCUUAAGUAGUGGUUCUGCAUGCACAAGUGCAAGUUUAGAACCUAGUUACGUGUUAAGAGCAAUUGGAGCAUCGGAAGAUCUAGCACAUUCUAGUAUCAGAUUCGGCAUUGGGCGAUUUACUACGCUGGAGGAAAUCGAAUAUACUGCAAAACAUACGAUUCAAGAAGUUAAGAAGCUUCGCGAUAUGAGUCCAUUGUGGGAGAUGGUCGAAGAUGGAAUCGAUUUAAAAACUAUCAAAUGGACUCAGCAUUAGUUUUUUUUUUGUUAGCGUGUGAAUUAGAAGGCUCGUAUAUCGAUAAGCAGAAUUAAGCGUAUAAUGAUGCGCAGAGAGUAAGUUGUAGAGUUAAAGCUCGCUUAAUUAAAAUUAUCCUCGACGUAUAAUAAAAUUUUAAUUUAAAAAUC